AUGGACGCCAAGUUCGACACGCUCUCCGUGAGCCUGUUGAAGAACUACUGGACGCAGUUCCAGGAGCAUGAGCAGGCCAGCACAAUUGCGACGGCGGUGGCAGUGGUGGUGCUGACGUACGUGCUGUACAACGUGAUGUACGCGACGGAUGUGCCGCACAUCAAGGGCAUGCCGGAGAUUCCGGGGGCGGUGCCGGUGUUUGGGCACCUGCUGAAGCUGGGCGAGGACCACGCGACGACGUGCGAGAAGUGGUGGAAGCAGUACGGACACUCGGUCUUCCAGAUCAAGCUGGGCAACACGCGGGCAGUGGUGGUGAACUCGUUUGACGACUGCAAGAAGAUGCUGCUGGGCAACCAGAACGCGGUGAUCGACCGGCCGAAGCUGUACACGUUCCACGGCGUGAUCAGCAGCACGCAGGGCUUCACGAUCGGGUCGUCACCAUGGGACGAGUCAUGCAAGAAGAAGCGCAAGGCGGCGGGCACGGCUCUGGGCCGGCCGGCUCUGCGCAACUACUAUCCCAUGUUCGACCUCGAGAGCUACUGCAUUCUACGGGACAUGAAGCGCGACAGCGGCAACGGCACGAUCGAGGUGGACGUGCGGCCGUAUAUCCAGCGGUAUGCGCUCAACACGACGCUGACGCUCUGCUACGGCAUCCGCAUGGACGCGGUGUACGACGAGCUGCUGCGCGAGAUUCUGACGGUCGGGUCGGCUAUCUCGCUGCUGCGCAGCGCGUCUGAGAACUACCAGGACUACGUGCCGAUCAUGCGGUAUUUUCCCAACAACGAGAAGAACGCGCGGUCGAAAGAGCUGCGCGACCGGCGCGACGCCUACCUCAACCUGCUGCUGGACAAGGUGCGCGCGAUGAUCAAGGAGGGCACGGACAAGCCGUGCAUCUCGGCUGCCAUCCUCAAGGACCAGGAGACGAAGCUGAACGGGGUCGAGGUCUCGUCCAUCUGCCUGUCGCUCGUCUCGGGCGGCUUCGAGACCAUUCCGGGCACGCUGACGUCCUGCAUCGGCUCGCUGGCCACGCCUGAGGGCCAGGCCUGGCAGGACCGCGCGUAUGCCGACAUCCGGCGGUACUACCCCGAUGUGCGCGACGCCUGGGCCAGCAGCUACACGGAGGAGAAGAUUCCGUACAUCAACGCGAUCAUCAAGGAGGCCGGUCGGUUCUACACCGUCAGCUCCAUGAGCCUGCCGCGCAAGACCGUCACCGAGGUGCACUGGAACGGCGCGGUGAUCCCGCCCAAGACCAUGAUCCUGAUCAACGCCCAGGCCGGCAACCAUGACAGCACCCGUUUCGGUGCUGAGGCGCACAAGUUCAACCCCGAGCGCUGGCUCUCCAGCAUCAACCCGCCCAAAGAGGCCGAGAUCGACGGGCUCGGCCACCUCUCGUUCGGUACCGGCUCGCGCUCGUGCUCGGGCCAGUUCAUCGCCAGCCGCCUGCUCUACACCGCCCUCGUCCGCCUGCUGUCGUCCUACAAGAUCGUGGCCAGCGAGGAGGCGCCGCCCAACACCGACUACGUCGAGUACAACCAGUUCAAGACCGCCCUGGUGGCCAUCCCGCGCUACUUCAAGGUCAAGCUGAUCCCGCGCGACGCGGCUGCCCUGGACGAGUGCCUCUUUGCGGCCGAGGAGCGGACGAAGGAGCACUACAAGGAGUAG